UUAUUGUUCUUAGCAGGAGACAAAAGGCGUGAUAUCAUUCCUGAGGCCUUAAAUCAAGCAAAAUUACCGUUUAGAGAAAUUCAAAGCUAUUCAACAUGUGUACAUCCUAAUUUGGCACAUAGGAUGCAAGGAUUGGAUAUGAGAGCAGACUGGGCAGUUUAUUUUAGUCCUUCUGGUUUAAAAUUUAUUCUUUCAACUAUUGAUCAACAAAUAAAGGAGAAGCUUUUUACCGUACGGAAUCACCCUAAAAUAGCUGUCAUAGGUCCUACAACAUCAGAUUACAUAAUAAAUGAAUUAAGUUUUCAUGUUAAUGUAGUUGCUGAUAAGCCUAAUGCUGAGCACCUGGUAAAUGCUAUAAUCGCAUAUGAU